UCCCGAGGUGCUACCGGUGCCUCGGAUACGGACAUAGACGAACGGACUGCACAGGACCUGACAGAGGACAGUGCUGUUGGAGGUGCGGGGGGACCGGCCAUGUCGGGAGAGCCUGCCCCACCAAACAGCCGACGUGCUUCCUAUGUUCCGAGGCGCGUGCAACGGAGAGGGCGCACGUCCCGGGAACGGGAGCGUGCGCGGCCUACCGGGCAGCGCUGGAGGAGUGCCGGAAGCAGACACGACAAUGACAGGAAUCUUACAAGGAAACCUGCGUAGGUGCGAGGCAGCCCAGCUGCUUAUAUCACAGACAGCGAAGGAACGAAACGUAGACAUACUGAUACUGAGCGAGCAACUGUGGGACUUACGAGAACAGGACGGCUGGUUCUCGAAUACCCUCGGUACGUCGGCCAUAUGGGUCAAAGGCAAACCGGCUAGGAGAAUACAAGCGUCUGGCAGGGGGGAAGAUUACGCGUGGGUGAGGGUAGAUUCCGUCACCUACGUUAGCGUAUAUUUGACCCCAAACUGCACGAUGGCAGUGUACGAGGAAAAAGUCGGUAAGCUGGAAGACGCCCUCACAGGUCUCCCGGGUGACUUUGUCGUCGCGGGAGACAUGAACGCGAGAGCGGUCGAGUGGGGUAUGACAACGACGGACAAACGAGGAAGACUGCUUCUGGAAAUGGCCGCAAGGCUUGAUCUGGUAGUGGUCAACCAAGGGACGACAACGACCUAUAGACGACCGGGCUUCGGAUACUCAAUACCCGAUGUGACGAUGACGUCAGACAGGAUCUCGUCGCGGAUAAGAGGAUGGCGGGUGACCGAGGACUAUACAGCCAGCGAUCAUCAGCACAUCGUCUUUGAGAGAGCUGUUUGACAAACUGCUAAGGGAGGCACCGUUACCCGCCGAGUCUGUCCCGGCAGAGCUUGGUCUGCGGGAGCGUGCCGAAUGGAUAACGGACAAGACAACGGAACUGAUAACGGAACUGUGCGACGCCACGAUGACUCGACGCAAGGGCCGAACACACAAACGAGCA